AUGCCUCCAAAGUUGGACCCAGACGUGUUGAAGAGGUAUCUCACACCUCUCCGACAAAAUCCCACAAAAUCAGCCGCCUCCCCCAUGAUAAAUCCCGAAGAGCCCACAAUCGUCAGAAAGUAUCUUGAUUACACCGACCAAGUAUAUCUCAACUUUCUCAGCCGACAACCUCAAAACUCAAACGAGGCUCUCAUAUUUGGGCUGAAGAGACAAGAGGUGGAGGUCCACAAACAGAAAAUUGUGGCGAAGAGUGAAGAACUUGUCAGAGUGAAGGGAGGGCUGAGAAAUGGAAGGGAGUUGAGCGUUGUUUAUGAUUCACUUGUAGUUGAGUUGAAGAAGGAAAUCAGUGCUUAUAAGGCUUGGAUGAGAAGGAUGGUUGAGGGCUUUAUGUUGCUCUAUGGCGAUAAAGCUUGUUGA